AUGAAAGCGAAACUUUAUCUCUCAAAAGUAAUAUAUACCAAACAACACGAUAAUAUUAUAAAAACAAGUUACACAACUACUACCACUAGUUUCUCUUCUUCUACCACCUCUACUACUAGUACCAUCACCACUAACAAUAGUAGCCACUAUCAACCACUACAACCUUUAGCAAUAAACAACACAGACAGUAUGGAGAAGAAUUUACAAAUCUUAAGAUCUUCAUUUGCAAAUAGAGGAACUGCAUUUACACGUGAAGAAAGAGAUAAACUUGGACUUCGUGGAUUAUUACCACCAAGAGAAGAGACAAUUGAAGAUCAAGCCGAGAGAUGUCUUGUACAAUUCCAUUCGUUUGGCAGUAAUUUGGAGAAAUACGUAUUCCUCAAUUGUUUGCGUGAUCGUAAUGAGACACUUUUCUACUACUUGUUGACCAACAAUCUCGAGCUUAUGAUGCCAAUCGUCUACACUCCAACCGUCGGAGAAGCCUGUCAAAAGUUUGGCAAUGAGUUUCGUUUUGCUCAAGGCAUGUACUUUGCCACCCAAGACAGAGGCGAGAUCCGUCGUAUGUUGGACAACUGGCCCAACAAGGACGUCGACAUUAUCGUCGUGUCUGACGGCUCGAGAAUCCUCGGUCUCGGUGAUCUCGGCACCAACGGCAUGGGUAUCCCCGUCGGCAAGCUCCAAUUGUACGUCGCAGGUGCUGGCUUCAACCCCGCCAAGACACUUCCAGUGAUUAUCGACGCCGGAACCAACACCAAGAAAUAUUUGGACGACAAGUUUUACUUGGGCGAGAAACACGCCCGUAUCAAGGACGAGGAGUACUAUGCAUUGAUGGACGAGUUCUUGUCGGCCGUCUACAACAAGUGGCCCAAGGUGUUGGUGCAAUUCGAGGACAUUUCCAACGACCAUUGCUUUGCCUUGUUGGAAAACUACCGCAACAAAUAUUUCUGCUUCAACGACGAUAUCCAGGGCACUGGGUCGGUCAUCUUGUCGGGCUUUAUCAACUGCAUCCGUGCCGUCCAAAAGCCCAUCACCGAGCACCGUCUCGUGUUCCUCGGCGCCGGAUCUGCCGGCAUUGGUGUCGCCGACUGCAUCAUGACCCUCUUCCAAGAGGCCGGCAUGUCCGAAGAGGACGCCAGAAAGUGCUUCUGGUUUGUCGACUCCAAGGGUCUCAUCACCACCACCCGUGGCGACGAGCUCACCCGCUACAAAAAGGCGUACGCCCGUGGCGACGUUGCCGCCGACAAGCAGCUCAAGUCGCUCGCCGACGUCGUCCGCUCCGUCAAGCCCACCGCCAUCAUCGGCCUCUCUGGCAUUGGCGGCAGCUUCACCCAAGAGGUCGUCGAGGAAAUGGCCCGUCUCAACGAAAAGCCAAUCGUCAUGGCCCUCUCCAACCCAACCUCCAACGCCGAGUGCACCGCCGAGCAAGCCUACACCUGGUCGCAAGGUCGUUGCAUCUUUGCCUCUGGCUCCCCCUUUGCCCCCGUCCAAUACAAUGGCAAGACCCUCAUCCCAGGCCAAGGCAACAACAUGUACAUCUUCCCAGCCCUCGGUCUCGGAUCCGUCGUUGUCAACGCCCGUCACAUCACCGACGGCAUGGUCAUCGCCGCCGCCAAGUCUCUCGCCUCCCAAGUCGACGACUCUGAAGUCAUCCAAGGAAAGAUCUACCCCGGUCUCCACAGAAUCCGUGAACUCUCGGUCACUAUCGCCGUCGCUGUCGCUGAAAAGGCCUACGAAGAAGGUAUGGCCCAACUCCCACGUCCAGACAACCUCGAACAAGCCGUCCGUGAUUUCAUCUAUCAUCCACACUAUGAUCAAAAAAAGUUGGAUUGA